AAACAUCAGCACCAAUCCAAAGCCUGUCUGUAGUCUUUUAUAUAAAUAAGACCCCUUCCAUGAUCCUUUUUCAUCAUCAAGCACAAGCAUUAUCAAUUCAGCCAUCAAAGGUUUCUAAAUUUCUUAUUUAAUUUCUUUGUUUCCAAUCUUCCAAGAAAAAAUGCCAAUGCUCAGCGCUAAGAAACUCAUCAAGAUGGCCAGGAGAUGGCAGAAGUUCGUGGCCAAGCAGAGAAAGAGAAUUUCAUUUCCUAGAAAUGGCAGUGAUGCUGAUAUUUGCAGUACAUCCUCAUCCUCCAAAGUUGAAAAAGGACAUUUUGUGGUAUAUACGGCUGAUCAAAGGCGCUUCGUGAUUCCCUUGGUUUACCUUGAAAAUGAGGCCAUUGCACAACUUUUAAACUUGUCCGAAGAAGAGUUUGGGUUACCGAGUGGUGGCCCUAUUACAUUACCCUGUGAUUCGGACUUCAUGGACUAUGUAAUUUCCCUUAUCAAGAAAGGUGUAUCAGCUGGAGAUCUUCACAAAGCGUUGCUCCUCUCAAUUCCUUCAUGUUGCUGUUCAACUUCUUCUUUUUACCAAGAAAGUGGAAAUCAACACAUUCUUGUUUAUUGAGUCAUGAGAGACUCCUUCUGUAAAUGACAGUUGAAAAUGGAUUGUAUAGCAGGUGAAAAAUAGGCAACUGAAAUAUUGUAUUAUAUUACAGAUUGGAAUAGAGCUUUAUCUUGAAAGUAAUCAGAUAUAGCUUCCUUUUUUAAAUUUGACAAUCGAGAAAUCAACUUUGUCCAUCGAG